CAUUAUUAACUCCACACUCCUUCCUUCCAUAACCACCCAAACAGAGCCAAAGCGAUCCCUAGUUUUUCGACCGAGAGUGUGUACGAUGGCGACCCUGGAUUCCGACGUCCCGAUGGUUCCUGUAGGCGAGUCAUCUAGCAGUGCUGCUCCUUCUUCCUCCUCUAAGAAGCCCAAACGCUUCGAGAUUAAGAAGUGGAGCGCGGUCGCUCUCUGGGCAUGGGACAUUGUUGUCGACAACUGUGCUAUCUGCAGGAAUCAUAUUAUGGAUCUUUGCAUUGAGUGCCAAGCAAAUCAGGCCAGCGCCACUAGUGAGGAGUGCACAGUUGCUUGGGGAGUUUGCAACCAUGCAUUCCAUUUUCAUUGCAUCAGCCGAUGGCUUAAAACUCGUCAAGUUUGUCCACUGGAUAACAGCGAGUGGGAGUUUCAGAAGUAUGGGCAUUAGACUGUUUGAACAAUUUAACAAGUGGAAUUUCUUACAAAAGGGGCCUUUUCACGUUGCCAGAGUAGAAUGUUCAAACUCCUCCUAUAUGUUCAGCUCUAUAGAUUUUGUUAUGUUCUGGAUAUUCGGAUAUUUGAUGUGCGAAGUUUUAUUAUUAGCUAUUGUGGAAAUGAAUAUGAGGCUCCCUCCUUCCCUCCCUCUCUACUUUGUGGAUGCAUUGAACUUUUCACUAUUGGAAUGAUUUCUUUUGUGGGUGGGAUGAAA